AUUAUGUCACCAUGGUGAAGUGGAUCAGCAAGACCAAAACAUCUGUCAGGUGGUUGAACCGGGCCCAGAACAUCUCCAUCCUAACUGUGUGUGACACCACCACUGGAGCCUGCGUCACGAGACAUGAAGAAAGCUCUGAGCUCUGGCUUUCCAAGCAGAACCAAGAGCCGGUAUUCUCCAAGGAUGGCAACAGGUUCUUCCUGACUGUUCCGGUCAAACAAGGAGGACGUGGAGAGUUUCAUCACAUCGCCAUGUUCACCACACAGUUCAGAGCUGAUCAGAAUGAAGUCCGCCAUCUGACAUCAGGAAACUGGGAGGUGACCAAGAUCAUUGCCUAUGAUGAGAACACUGACAACCUUUAUUUUCUCAGCACAGAAGGUUCACCACGAAGACGGCAACUGUUCAGUGUUAAAACUGUGGGUCUGUUCCCACGACGGUGUUUAACAUGCGAGCUAAAUAAAGCUCACUGCCUGUAUUUUGAUGCUGACAUCAGCCCCACAAACCAGCACAUCAUCCUCCACUGUAAAGGUCCUGGAGCACCUACUGUGAUCUUACACAGCCUCAACAAUUCAA